ACACGCCUUAUCAUGUAUCGUCGUUCGAAAGAUCGUCUGCUCUUUAAGCAUGCCGGUUGUCAUGCGCACAACGAUCCGCUGCGCCGACGCCCCCAAAUUCCAGCUCCUCGAUCAAGCACCGCCUCAGCCGAAACUUCAGCUAAGCCUAACACACGCGCGCUACCCUUCCGUGCGCGUCGUCGGGUUCGAUCGCGCGCCGAGUUAAGCCUAACCCCCCUCUGCCGCGCCUUGUAAGCAUGCCUUCGUUGGCCGACAGUGCGGCUUCGUCAGCGAGUAGCACCACUACGCCGUUGCCUGUGGCCAGUGUCGGCCCUCCCGUGAGCGGUCCACCGCUGUGUCCGCCGGACGAGAGCGUGCUCGAAAGCCUCGUAGCAGUGUUGGUGGCGGCGAUCAUUUUCCUAGCAGCGCUGGUGCUCGCCGUGCUUCUGUUCGCGUGCUCGUCGCAGCAAUCGAGGCGCGAGCAGCGCUGCAGUCACGACCAUCAUAAUCACCACCACUGCAAGAGACGUCGCCGCCGAACUUCACAAGAGGUCCGCUCGCGGGCGAAGUACUGCUGCAGCAACAGUCACGACCUCCUGGAGGACGUCGAGCAGUACCGCGAUGGUCACGAGUCGAGUGCCACUCCCGUCGGCGGGGCGCCUCGACGCUUCGAUUACGGCAGCAGCGGGCGGUCUUCGUCGCCCGACGCCGCAGCCAAGAAGUCGCCGUACCACCCGGGGUACAACAGCCCGGCGACGACUUCGAAGCCGUCGGCGGCGACGAGGCGACGCGAAGGGUUCCGCAUGGCCAGCUACGCGAGUCGUGGUGCACACUCGGAUCUGGCACCACCAGCCUUGCACUCAACGAUGUUCCAAUCCAGCGUUUCACAUCAGCGGACUCGAGAGCGCCGUGCGGAGGCAGCGGCGGCCGGGACGGCUAAUCCCCCUAGCGGCGACACCAGCGACUCCUCGCGGCACAGCGGCCAAACCUGCGUCGAGACCGGCUCCGACACGCAUUCCCUCGAGUGGGACAACUUCCAGCAGCCUCUGGCCGCGGCUGCCACACCCAGGCCAUCGUCAAGUGAACCGUGCACCGAAGACUCGUUCAGCAUCGCGGCCACGGACGGCUCGCAUCAGCAGCAGCAUCGACGACCACUGUACGCUCAAAGCCAACACUGGGUGUGACGCCAGCACUAAAAGGCCGCUGGAAGUCGCAGCACACUGACCAUUCGUCGCUCUUCGCUCCUACAGAUCUGAUCCUCGAUCCCUUCCCCCAACCCACGCCCUCGCUCACACACAGACACACACACUUAAGUUAACGAUGAUAAGCAUUACAUCGGCCAUCCACCGUCUCAGUGCGUGUCCAAAUAAAUUAAGUGUCCUG